UUCCAGUUAUAGUAAUAAACAGACACGUUGCAGGCAUGAGCAUCAUGAGGAAAGUAGUCUCCAUUCAAUUCCUCUCUCUCUGUUUCUUAAUCAUGAAACUACCUCUUUGUCUCUUUCUUUCUUUAUUUUUUUUUUCCACUCAUCAAAUCUAAUCGAAAAUAGCCUAGCUAUACUCAUUAUUCUCCAAUAUAUCUGACCAAACAUGUAACAGACUAUAAAACCCUAAUAAAUGAUCGUCCAUACACUUAAAGACAACCUCAAGUAAUGAUAAAUUAAAACCACCUCUUCUAUAUAACACAGUGAGUAUCAUCCUUAUUCAUCAUCAGCAUCUGUUGGAGAAUAUGAAGAGGACACAUUUGGCAAGUUUCAGCAGCAAAAACAAAACCCAAGAAGAAGAAGGUGACACUAGUGGUAACGACAGAGUCAUCAUGAAUCUCUACAAUAGCUAUGAAGCUGGGCUGAUCCCAUGGCCUCCCAAGAACUACACUUGCAGCUUCUGCAGGAGGGAUUUUAGAUCUGCUCAAGCACUUGGAGGACACAUGAAUGUUCACAGAAGAGACAGAGCAAAACUCAGACAGAUCCCUUCUUGGCUCUUUGAACCUCACCAACACGUACCUGUUGGCAACCCUAACCCUAAUUUUGGCUCUUCUUCUCCUUCAACGACGCCAGCUCAUCUUGAACCUUCCCUAACCAACCAAAUAUCCAAAACGACUCCUUUUUCUUCUGACCGGUUCGAUCUUUUGGAUUAUACUACUAGCCAUGGAGGUUCGAUGAAGGAAAGAGAGAAGAACAAGAGCAAUGUGUGCAGCAGAGAGCUCAAGAAGAGUGCCAUAGAUUCAUGCCAUGCUGCAAAAUGUGAGAUAAGUCGUGGGGAGAUGAACGACAAGAAACAUGGAGUCGCCAGGUUGGAGCUUGGGAUGGAUUUGAGGAAUCCAAAACAAGUUCUUGAUUUGGAGCUUCGACUUGGCUGCCUUUAAAUAACUUUAGUUAAUAAUUUAACUACAAGAUUAUAUAUUUAUAUGUAAGAUAUGUACGUAUAGCUGAGCAGUGAGCAAGAGAUUGUGAUUGCAUUUAGGCUAAUGAAAUUUAAUGGUAUUAUUAAUUACGUGCUUUUUAAUGAAAUGCAAGUUAAAAAUAAAAAUAAACAAAGUUGGAAAAA